GCUGAAGAUGCCACUUGUAGAAACGUGACAGUGCGCUGGCGCUGCAGCGCUGCAGUCUAUUCCAACAUCUUUCUCUACCUCAGACAGUCCUGAAAGCGAACAUCUGGAUGGUUUUGGAGGUGCAAAGAGAAAACUUUGGCCCAAAGAUGUGAUGGUUCAGAACGGAUGCGGAUUGGAUGAGAAAUCAGACCCAAUGCGAGCCAAGUGGAGGUUUGCUGAGGAACUCAGCUUGGGACAGGGAGACGAGACGGGCUUGGACGUGUUGACAAUGCCCGUCGACUGCGCCGAGCCAGAGCAGUGAAACUUUUUGCCUGGAUGGGGUGUUAAAAAUGCCAUUUUUUAAGUUGGUGAACGAGAGUAAGGAUGUCUUGUCCUCCAGUGAAGUUGAAGCCUUCAAUGAGACUUUGGAUGUGGAGCCUUUUCUCAAGAAUAGAACCACCAGAAGAACCAACGUGACGUGCACUAUCGUCCUUUUGGAGCCCCAGGUGGUGGCUGUGGGGGUCUUCUUGGCCAUUUUCAUCUCGGUGGCCAUCGUGGGGAACAUUCUGGUCAUUUUAUCAGUGCUGUGCAACAGGCACUUAAGGACAGUCACUAACUUCUUUAUUGUGAAUCUGGCCAUAGCUGACCUUCUGCUGGGGGUCGUUGUGCUGCCCUUCAGCGCCUCGCUGGAGGUGCUGGGCUGCUGGGUGUUUGGCCGGGCAUUCUGCAACAUCUGGGCAGCAGUGGAUGUGCUGUGCUGCACGGCGUCCAUCCUCAGCCUGUGCAUCAUCUCUGUGGACAGGUAUGUUGGGGUCAAAUACUGCCUGCGCUACCCCACCAUCAUGACAGAGAGGAAGGCAGGUGUCAUCCUAGUGGUCAUCUGGGUGGCAUCUGCUGUCAUCUCCAUUGGUCCGCUCCUUGGUUGGAAAGAGCCACCGCCAGCUGACGAAAGUGUCUGCAGCAUCACAGAGGAACCAGGCUAUGCCCUGUUCUCUUCACUCUUUUCCUUCUACUUGCCACUAUCUGUCAUCCUGGUCAUGUACUUUCGGGUGUAUGUGGUGGCCCGACGAACCAGCCGGAGCUUGGAAGCCGGUGUGAAACGCGAGAGGGGCACCUCCACGGACGUGGUGCUGCGCAUCCACUGCAGGAGCCUGCCUGAGGAGGCUCUGGAGCAGAGCCGCAGCCGGGGCAGGGGCCAGCCCUUUCGCAGCUCGCUCUCUGUGCGCCUCAUGAAGUUCUCCAGAGAGAAGAAGGCAGCAAAAACCCUGGCUAUCGUGGUUGGGAUGUUCGUGCUGUGCUGGCUGCCGUUCUUCUUUGUGCUGCCUUUGGGCUCUUUUUUCCCUUCAUUGAAGCCUUCAGACAUGGUGUUCAAGGUGAUCUUCUGGCUGGGUUACUUCAACAGCUGCAUCAACCCGGUCAUCUACCCAUGUUCCAGCAAAGAGUUCCAGCGGGCCUUCACCCGCCUGCUGCGCUGCCAGUGCCACCAGCGGCGUAGAGCUCUGCGCCGAUUCUAUGACCAGCGGUGGCGAACAGCCAUUAAAGGCCCAGCCAGAGACUCCCGGGAAGAAUACCAGGUGGGCCUACCCCUCCAUGAAUCCUGUGGAAGAUCCUCUGUCUUUUCGUGCCGGAGCAAGGGCCGCUCCCUGGGUCUAAAGAGCUGGAGCUUCUUUCCUCCACUGCAGAAAUCCUCCUUCCACUUGAAGGAGAAGAUGAACAACUUGUCCAACAAAAUCAAGAGCGGUGCAGGGAAAAGUUCCACGCCCGCACUGGGCAGGACCGAGAUCGAUACAGUGGCCAUGGGGAUUUAUAGUGAGUGCGGAGAGCCAGCAGGCUACCAGAUCUACGACCUCCCAGAAUGCUACGGCCUGAAGGAGACAGAUAUCUAAACAAAGAUAGAGGGUUUAGAUAACUGCCUGGGGCUGCUCAUAUCGCCGCUGUCUGGCACGCACAUUGCAAACAAUGAUAUCUCAGCUAGUGAAAGCAUCUUCAGUGUCGGCAAUGCAUCUGACAUUUCUCAUUAUGUGAACAUUAUAAGAUUACAACCUAUUUCUACAGACUACUUAUAUAAUAAGAUCUUACUAAGUUAAAAUGGGUAUAACUAGGGGUAUAAACAUGCAUCAGUCCAUUGUGGUGCAUCACUCAUAUAGCAAUUCAACUGCAUUUGGAAGAUCAGAAUCAAUAAAUUAUAAUCAUAUUUAACAGAAUAUGCUCUCGUUUUUUGUUUAGUAUAAUAUUCUAAGGCUUUUUCACAGAAAAAAAAAUCCAAAAAAGGUGUUUUGUUUUGUUCGCUGUAUAUUUUAUAUUUCACCACUAUGUAAAUAGUUCCUCUGGUCACAUUUGUGUAUUCAACAUAUUCUGGGAAAAAAGUCUAAAGCUGAAUAAAAUCAAUAAUUCAAAAAUAGUUGACUGAACUAAAUUUAACCAAGUUUUUUAUGGUAAGUUCACUUGAUAAAAUUACUUCAAGUUAGUUAAAAUUCAGUAACCAUUUAUUUCAAGGCUGCUUUCAUAGGGACCUCAUAACACUUGCAUAAGCAUUAAAUAAUACAUUAAUAAACUAAUACUUGAGUAUUUCUGAACACAUUACGAUGAUCUUAAGAUGCAAAAUUACGUUUUGCAAAGUAAAGAAUGCAGUAUUAGCAUAAGGGACCUUAACCUAAAGUGAGAGACAUUUGUUCCAUUUAUAAGAUUUUUAGGAACAUUAUUACCAAAUAAUAGAACCUAUAAAGCACAGACCUUAUGAAAAUGAUCAUUUAAGUGUGGGCUUAUCAUAAUUUUCAAUUGAUCCUCUAUCAACAUAUAAGAUUUUAGUAAACUCAAACUUAGGUGAUAAUUUUCAUACAUAUUUGCUCAAUCAGAACUGAGUUGAGUAAAAGUAGAAAUAACUUUGUUUGAAUUAUUUUGUAUUUAUAAAUUUAAGCUUCCUAUCUGUAUUUCUACUUGAGUACAAAAGUACAAAAUUACUUGAUGCACUGUAAAAGUACCAAAAGUAAAUGUGAAACUUAUUGAUUUUGGAUAUUUUGUGGCUGCAGACAACUGGUCCUAGAACCAGUUGUCUGCAGCCUAGUACUUUUGCCUAGUACUUUUGCCUGCAGCCUAGUACUUUUGUGCUUUAAUUCAAGCAGAAUUGAUUUAUGUUAAGAGUUCUUAACUAGGCCCCUGCCUUAAACAUGGGAGUAUUAUACAGUCUGUCAUUUAGUGUAUGUGAAUACAAUGUAAAAUUGACUUCAUAAUAAUGUUAUCUUACUGCCAUAAGCUAUUCAUAAGUCCUAACCUAAUCCUAUCCCUUUUUGAACACAUAAUUCAGUGCUUCUACAUCUUGUAUAACACCCAUUUAGGUAGCCUUUAAAUAAAGUGUCACCUGAUAUCCUUACAAUUAUCUCAUUAUGAGAAAUAUUAAAUAUAUUGCCUACAUUUAAGAAGCAUUUGCUUGCCAAAGAUAAUUUUUUUUGCAGUGCAGGCAGACAAGGAGUGGUCUGCUGAGAGAUGGACUUCAAAGGGGCAGCUCUGACAAAAAGCACAAUUGGAAAGCAAACAAGACGAGGAGUACUGUUUGUUUAUUGUUUUAUUGUAAGAGAAGGACAAAACUCAUGUCUAUGUGGGUAAUUUAAGUAUUUCACUUACUUUUUGAGAAGUGAACAGACAAAUGAUUGUUGUUUUCCCUGUAAAGUACCCUGACCACAACAAGUGCCAUCACUUGGCAUACAGACUCUUUGCUUCUGGUUAACUGUGCACUGUAUAAGUUCAUGUGGCCUUUCAAAAUGAUCCUUUCCAACUGUCAGAUUCUUUCGCAAUCAGUAGAGCAACACUGAAGAGCUCGUUCCUACUGUACAAGCAAUCAGUCUUACUACACAAAGUGGAGCUCUACUAAAAAAAGGCUCUGCUCUACAGGCUGCAAAGGCCCAAAUUUAGGGAGCAAGAUUUAACUGUGAUUGUAUAUCCAAUGGCCUGAAAAACCAACGGCACUGCUUACUAUUUAUAUCGUGAUUUGCCAAGGCGUACUGUCCCAUUCACAUGGGUAAAGUGCUAAAGGUUUCACAGAUUGUUAUUUAAAUGACUUAAUAAAACUUUUCAUGAAAUGUGUUACUUAUAUAAACAAAUUUGGAUGAAAUGUUGUCAUUUGCAUUGACCACUGAAAGAGUGGCAUGUGAAUGGCAUUGGGUUACAGCAACAGUCAUACUCAAUUAACUUUCUUCAGAGUUACUUGCGUUGUUGAGAGAUGCUUUGAAUUCAUUUGUAUUUGCAGAUGUGAUGACGUCCAUCAAUGUCUGAUAUAAUGAGAAAUAAAUCAGAUAAAAAGUG